UGAGGGACCAUCUACUUUCAGUUCUAAAACUAGCCCAAUUUCUAUUCCUCAAUCACAAAAAGAUAUUGUUCAGCCCAUUUUGUCACCCUCAAAAAACCUAAACCCGAAUGCUCCUGUUUUUGUUCCUCAAAGCUUAAAUUCAAGUUUAUUAUCAGGUGCAGGAGAAAAAAUAAACAUCUCAUCGAAACAAUUAGAGGGAAUGAAGAAAAAUCGUGACUCUGGAAACGAGUCAUCGGUAAAUAAGGAUGAGAAUGACGAAGAAUUCGUAUAUCCUAAAUCAGAUGAAGAUGAGUUUGUUUAUGACUCUAAAGAUAGUAAAGAUAGUGAUGAUGAGUUUUUCUAUGGAUCUAGCUCGAAUGAUGAGAUGGUUUUUCCUCAUGAUAUUUCUAUCGGAAACACCGAAAAUAGUAAUGUUCCGGAAAUCACGGUCAAAUUUACUGGCAAUACC